AUGGCAGGAAUCAAGAAGAAUAGAGAAAUUUUAACUGGAGGGAAGAAAUAUAUUCAACAAAAACAAAAGAAACAUUUAGUUGAUGAAGUUGUAUUUGAUAAAGAAUCUCGUCAAGAAUAUUUAACUGGAUUUCAUAAACGUAAAGUACAACGACAGAAAAAAGCUCAAGAAUUUCAUAAAGAACAAGAAAGGUUAGCUAAAAUUGAAGAACGUAAACAAUUGAAACAAGAACGUGAACGAGAUUUACAAAAUCAACUACAACAAUUUAAUAAGACUGCUCAAGAAAUUGCUGCAAUAAAUAAUGAUAUUGGAUUUGACCAAUCUGAUGACAAUAGCAAUGACAAUGAAGAAUGGAGUGGGUUUCAAGAAGAUGAACAUGAAGAAGUUGAUGAGGGAAAGAAUACAGAAAACCCAUUGAAAGGGAUUUUACAUCAUACAGAAAUAUAUAAACAAGAUCCAUCAUUAUCCAAUAUUACCAAUGGUGCCAUAAUAGAUGAUGAAACAACAGUAGUAGUAGAAUCAUUAGAUAAUCCAAAUACAGUUGAUACUGAAGAAAAACUUAAACAAUUGGCUAAAUUAAAUAAUGUUAAUCUUGCUAAAUCAGAUCAAGUCUUAGAAAAAUCGAUUGAACGAGCCAAGAAUUAUGCUGUGAUAUGUGGAGUUGCUAAACCUAAUCUAAUAAAACAAAAAAAGAAGAAAUUCAGAUAUUUAACUAAAUCAGAACGUAGAGAAAAUGUUCGUAAAGAGAAAUCAAAAUCAAAAGCAAAGGCAAAAAGGUAA